UAGGCCUGAUGUAGGUACGUAGUACUUAACGAACUUAGUAGCACCUUCGCUCUAUCAAUAUUGUUGCGGGAAAAACGCGACUAAAGAUUAUGAUCACAGUCCUUACUUCCUGAGCAUUUCCUACCUGCCUGCCUACUCAAACCAAGCAUGAGAGAAGCUUAGGGAUCACAGCCGCGAAGUGGAAGUGACAGUAUUAUACUUAAGUGGCAAUAUCACAUCCGUAAUUGCGGGUAGCUCGAGGCUCAACAAUAUCAAGAUUGAGCUCUCAAUACACCCCAUUACCUGAAACCACCAAUAGGUGGUCGCGAUGCGCGAAGAAGACCAAUCGGGUCCUCAGGGAGUCUGGCGAUCCUGUUGACGAGAAUGAGAUGACCACGAUAUUGGCCUGACGACCGGCGGUGAUCCAUUGCGCUCUGCCCCGGACAGACCGGAUCAAGUGUGUCGCCCUCUUUCCUCCUUCUGCGCCUUGCUACUUCAAGGGUAUGCCACGGAGGCUCCAAAGAUCCCUGCCCAUACGACGCACUUGGUAAGACUACGCGCUGCCUCUACAGAAUCGAGCCGACAACCCGCUUGGCGGUUGCGGGGUAAGGAACUAUCUAGGCGUAGCAUCAGGGAACAUGGAUGAGAACUCCCCCAACCGCUAUCGCCUCGAUACCGAUAGUUCGUCUAAAUUGACUCUGCCUGAUGGCCGGACACUGGGAUAUGCCCAAUAUGGCUUGCUGACUGGGCCUGCCAUCUUUUUUCUGCACGGGUUGCCAGGCUCGCGGUUGGAAGGUGCCCUCUUCGAUGCACCAGCUAUCACACCUCGGGCCCGCAUCAUCUCGGUGGACCGACCUGGUUACGGUCUGAGUUCACCACAGCCAAACCGAGCUAUUCUAGAUCAUGUGAAGGACAUAGAAUACCUGGCACAACACCUCGGUUUAGAUAGUUAUGGCUGUCUUGGAAUCUCAGGGGGCGGCCCAUAUGCUCUGGCCUGUGCAAAAGCGUUGCCAGCCGACAAGCUCAAGGCAGUGUGCAUUAUAUGUGGAUUAGGACCGCCUGAAGUCGGGAAAAAGGGCAUGGGUUGGUGGCAUUGGGCGGGUUUCACCUUCGGCUUCGCUUAUUUCCAAUGGGCCUGUCGGUGGUGGUUCUCGCGAGAGACAUUUGGACGGCUCGACCUGACUGACCAAGAGCGGUUCGAUCGAUUCCAACGAGAAUGGUCCAAGGCUAAAUCAACGGCCCAUCCAAAGGACGCCGCGGCUAUGGAAGAUCCCGAUCUAAUCCGAUUUUUAGUGCGGAAUCAUCGUGAAGCGUACAACCAGGGUUUUUAUGGCUUCUCGCUCGACGGGAAGCUGGAGAGCUACAACUUCGGCUUUCAAAUCCAGGAUAUUCGGCACGAUCUACCUAUCCAUCUGUGGUAUGGAAAAUACGACACAUUUGUCCCCUCGAGUCAGGGUGUGAACAUUGCCGCUAGACUAGGUCCGAAUGCGCGACUAAAGAUCGAAGACGAAACGCACGGCUCCCUUACCUGGAACUGUCGAGUUCGGGCACUGGAUGAUCUGAUCGCAGCCAUGAAGUAGAAGGGCAAAGUGGUGAAGUGGUGCGUCCUGUAUAAAAAUGUAUUAUAAGGCCAGUGCGCCUCAUCUCCGCUCUUACUUCAAACGAUACCAACUCUCCACUCUAUUUGAACUCGAACUACAUCUUUUUGUGAAGGGUAUAUGCAGGUAGAGUUUUGAAGAUAUCCGCUGACCUGGCAACAUACUUGCGACAGCACAAGGUAUGAAAGUCCAGAAAAGGCAGUGUGCUAGUAAACGGGUCCCUAGGUAGAUUUUGUACUUACGCUACAUGACCUAUGAUCCCUUGUGACGCGACUAUAGUUAUGGGAAGUGAGCUCCACCAAGAAUCUAUGUAUGCGCUAUGUAAGAAGCAGGAAGUGGCGAACGAAGUUUCGGUCCUUGCAGCGAGCGGAUCCGGCCUGGGCUUGGUGCGCUUUCAGAAAAGUAUGAGUAGAGACCUACUUUUGUGUGAAUAGCUAGAUUACCAGCUAAUUAAAAGGGCAUUCAGAGAGAAACGGGUUUACGACGGGUGGUGUAAUAGUCGAGGUUACUCUCCUUCUCUCGGU